AUGCUCAGGUCUCUGGGCCGCACCAGGGGCGGUCUGGUCCAGAUCAUCUGUGCCAGAGACGCGGGGGUCGGGGUGCACAUCGAGCCCCACUACCGGCAGUUCCUGGGGCUGACCCGCCAGCAGGUGAUCCACGGUGAACUCCUCAGUGGCUUCAUGUGGUUCUGGAUCCUGUGGCACUUCUGGCACAACCCGGACGCAGUACUGGGUCACUUUCCUUACCCAGAUGCUUCAAAAUGGACAGAUGAGGAAUUGGGGAUCCCUCCUGAUGAUGAAGAAUAG